AUGCCGAUAUUCCCUCGGGCUUCGAUUCGGUACAACCUGGUGGCAUACCAGUUUCAAGCCAUAGACAAAAUUAGGUUCCGGGAGGGACCUAGCCAGGCUACCGCUGAGAGGUUCUCACGUCAUCCUCUAUCUCAGGGAUCUAGGGACCCCCAUGAUGGAUGUGUUGGAUAUGAAUUAUUUCUAACAAAAUUGUCUGCUAUAAUACCUUCCAUUAAAGCUGACGCAAUACAACUAAUAGAGGAAAUUAUGCCAUAA